AUGCACUGGCGACAUCAGAGUUACAAAAACUCGUUGGAAAAUCCAGACUCGUUGCAAAGCGCGGAGUAUCGCGAACGAACCGGGAGAAACCACGUCUAUCGCGGCAUCGUAUCGUACGACGGGACGAAUUAUUUCGGAUUUCAAAAGCAAGGCGAGGAUAAAAUAACGAUUCAAUCGGAACUGGAGAGAUGCUUAAUGCAAAUAACGUGUCUCGAUAGAGAGUUGUUGUGUUUAGGCGCGGCGGGGAGAACGGACGCGGGCGUGCACGCGAGGAAACAAGUGUUUCAUUUCUACACGAAAGAACCUUUGAAAGACGAGUUGAACUUCAUGCGAGCGUGCAACAGGUUGUUGAACGAAGACGUGAGAGUGAUGGAAAUUGCCAAGCCGCACCCGAUGUUUCACUCGAGGUUUCACGCGAUUGAGAAGACGUACAGAUAUACGAUUGAUUUUGGGCUACCGCACAGUCCGUUCCAUCGGAAGACGGCGUUGUCUGUCGGGUAUCGAGAGUACGACAUGAAAUUGUUAGAGGAAGCGUGUAAAGUAUUUGUUGGAACGCACGAUUUCGCGGCUUUUAUGAAUCGGUCUAGAGAUGGUAAAAAUUUGGAAAGAAACUCGGAACGAACGAUUUACUCCUUUGAUGUCAUUCGCGGCGGCGGAGAAGAAGAAGGAGGAGAACGUUACGAAGAUCCUUCGUCGUCGUUAGUGUACUUGUACGUCACCGGCAAUGGAUUUUUAUACAAACAAGUUAGGAAUAUGGUUGGUGCCAUUUUAUCCGUGGCUGGAGGAAGAUAUACCAUAGAUGAUUUGAAAUUGUUCAUGGAGAAGAAGGAUAGAAAGCUCAUACCGAUGGCGGCUCCCGCGAAAGGUUUGUGUUUGUACGACGUAAAGUAUCCAGAUGAAAUGUACUUUUCUCCUCCUCCUUCUUCCUCUUCUUUAAGGAUUUGA